AUGGACCUCGACGAUGACAACCACUCUAUGUCUCUGGACAGGCCGCUUUCUCCUAGGCCCUCGAGAUCGUUGACAAUAGAUCCUGAUCAGCUGGCCAGCCGCCCUUACAAUGCCAGGCCUGCCAUCAUCGACCAAGAAAACGACUGUCACUUCUCUAUACCUCCGGACGCACCACGUUCCUCCAGACCUCGACACAGCGUAGCGCAACCGCGGCCCAAGCGACUGUCGACUUCGACUAAGGCGGGCAUGCCUCUGAGCAUAUUGCCGUCUGCCCCGGCCUCUCCUCCUACACCCGCACCUUCCCCUACGCCGUAUCAACGUGCUCCUAGUUGGAAUUCGGCAGGCGAAAAUGAGGACGCUUUCCUCAGGGAUGCCCGGGAACACUUUUGCAACUUGAAUGCUGCUGGAAGGGAGAGAUACCUGGCCGAGUUGCUGAAUAUGUGUGAUAGUCAGCUUUUGAGCUUUGUUCACCAUUUCGUUUCUCCGCGACUGAAGAAAGACCCGUUUGAGCAUCUCCCUGACGAACUGUGUCUGAGGGUACUCUCGUAUAUUGAUAACCCGCAGAGCCUAGCUCGGGCCUCGCAGGUGUCACACCGGUGGCACAAAUUGUUGAAUGAUGAUAUGUUAUGGAAGAUCAUGUGUGAACGACAUGCGUGGCGCAGGAAUUCCGGCGCUUCCAACGACGAUGUGGACUCGCUGUAUUUGCCGCAAGCCACCCAAGGCCCGUACAGUCAUCAUAAUCGGUCCCCCAAGAGAAGUCUUGAUGGCUCGAUCGUCGGUCCGUCGAGCAGUGCACCAAACCUAACAUUAUCGAGACAAGACCAUCUGUCGGCGAGCCCUCGAUCAAGAAAACGACAGUCUCAGUCACAUUAUUCACAUUUCCGGCAUAAAUACAUGAUUGAGGCCGCCUGGAGGAAAGGAGGCGAGAGCAUUAUCAAGCAUAUCACACCGGAUCAGGGCGUGGUGACAAGUCUGCAUUUGACCGACAAGUACAUUGUGGUGGCCAUGGACAAUGCUAAAAUCCACGUCUUCAACACUGUCGGCGAGCAUCAAAAGACCUUGAAAGGCCAUGUGAUGGGAGUGUGGGCAAUGGUGCCGUGGGACGACAUACUCGUCAGCGGCGGUUGUGAUCGGGAUGUUCGUGUUUGGAACAUGGCCACCGGCAAAAGCCUCCAUACACUGCGAGGACACACCUCAACCGUGAGAUGCCUGAAGAUGUCCGAUGCCAAUACGGCGAUCUCAGGGUCCAGAGACACCACCUUGCGGAUAUGGGAUUUGACAACCGGCAUGUGCAAAAAUGUUCUGGUCGGUCAUCAAGCCAGCGUCCGAUGCCUUGCCAUUCACGGCGACCUGGUUGUCUCUGGCAGUUACGACACAACUGCUCGAAUUUGGAGUAUUUCCGAGGGCCGAUGCCUCCGGACACUGACUGGGCACUUCAGUCAGAUAUAUGCCAUCGCAUUCGACGGCAAUCGGAUUGCGACCGGGAGUCUUGACACCAGUGUUCGAAUUUGGGACCCCAAGACGGGCAUGUGUACCGCAAUCUUGCAGGGCCAUACUUCUUUGGUCGGACAGCUGCAAAUGCGGGGCGAUACACUCGUGACCGGUGGCUCUGAUGGGUCGGUGCGGGUGUGGUCGUUGCAAACCAAUACGCCAAUCCACCGCUUGGCUGCACACGAUAAUAGUGUUACUAGUUUGCAGUUUGACGACCAGCGAAUAGUCAGUGGUGGUAGUGACGGUCGAGUGAAGAUUUGGAGCGUCGAGACUGGCCAGUUGGUCCGCGAGCUCAGUCAACCCGCCGAGGCUGUUUGGAGAGUGGCAUUCGAGGAGGAGAAGGCGGUCAUCAUGGCGAGUCGGGCCAACAGGACUGUUAUGGAGGUCUGGUCCUUCUCGCCGCCAGAAGAUCCGUGGGAACGAAGGUCGGAAAGCCCCCUGAGCCUACCAGAGCGGAUACCCACUGUAGGGGACCAAGACGAGGGGACACUAUACGAGAAGAAGGCUGGUGAUGCAGAUGCUACAAUGAGCGACGUAUAG